CAAAAGGCAACAAAAUAAAUUAAAAUCCACUCUUCACCAAGAUCUGGUGCUAACACAUUCCCCUAACUUCCUAACCGAAAAAUGGAGGAGAGUUUGAUCAAGCGCCUCGAAGCUGCCGUUACGAAGCUCGAAGGAAUCUCAAUCAGCGGCGGAGGAGGAGGAGGAGCUAUUCUUUCCCGCGGAGGAGAUUUCUCUUCCGGAGACAAUGUCGCGGCGUCUGAUCCAUCGAUUCUGGCUUACGAACAUCUGAUAUCGCAAUGCGUAGGUAGGAUUCUCACCGCGGCUGAGAAGAUCGGUGGACCUGUUCUCGACGUGACGAAGAUCGUCGCCGAAGCGUUCGCUGCGCAGAAGGAUCUGCUUGUUCGCAUCAAGCAAACUCAGAAGCCUGAUAUGGCUGGAUUGGCUGGAUUUCUCAAGCCGUUGAACGAUGUGACGAUGAAAGCUGAUGUGAUGACUCAAGGAAAGAGGAAUGAUUACUUUAAUCACCUUAAGGCUGCUUCUGAUAGUUUAUCUGCAUUGGCUUGGAUUGCUUUCACUGGGAAAGAUUGUGGUAUGAGUAUGCCAAUAGCUCAUGUGGAAGAAAGUUGGCAGAUGGCUGAGUUUUACAGCAAUAAGGUUUUGGUGGAAUACCGUAACAAAGACGCUAAUCAUGUGGAAUGGGCUAAAGCCUUGAAAGAGCUUUACUUACCUGGUUUAAGGGAUUAUGUUAAAAGUCAUUACGCCUUGGGACCUGUAUGGAAUGCAUCAGGGAAGCCUGUUAGUGCUCCUGCAAAGGGUCCACCUGGUGCUCCUGCUCCUCCCCGAGCACCGCUCUUCAGUUCUGAAUCUUUAAAGCCAUCAUCAUCGUCGAACCAGAAGCAAGGGAUGUCUGCUGUUUUCCAGCAGCUCAGCUCAGGUUCUGUCACCUCAGGUCUUAAAAAGGUGACGGAUGAUAUGAAAACAAAGAACCGUGCUGAUAGAUCCGGAGCAGUGAGUGCCAUUGAGAAGGAAACUCGUUCCACUAAACCAGCCGUUUCGAAAACUGGACCACCGAAAAUGGAACUUCAAAUGGGUCGCAAGUGGGCUGUUGAGAACCAAAUUGGGAGGAAGGACUUGGUUAUCAGCGAGUGUGAUUCCAAACAGUCUGUGUAUGUAUUUGGUUGCAAAGAUUCUGUCUUGCAGAUACAAGGCAAAGUCAAUAACAUAACCAUUGACAAAUGCACCAAAAUGGGUGUUGUCUUCACGGAUGUUGUUGCUGCAUUUGAGAUUGUGAAUUGCAGCAACGUGGAAGUACAAUGUCAGGGUUCAGCUCCCACAGUCUCUGUGGACAACACAACUGGCUGUCAGUUAUAUCUAAACAAAGACUCGUUGCAGACAGCGAUAACAACAGCUAAGUCGAGUGAGAUCAAUGUAAUGGUCCCUGGUGCUUCUCCUGAUGGAGAUUGGGUGGAACAUGCACUGCCUCAACAGUACAACCAUUUGUUCACUGAAGGGAAGUUCGAGACAACACCGGUCUCUCACUCAGGUGCCUAAGUAAAGAGGAAUCUCUGUUCAGUUUGGGGUUUUUGCUUAAAUAUGAGGUCUUCUUUUCAACUUGGUUUCUUCUGAUUGUAAUAGAGAAUAAUCUAUUUGUUUUUUUCUUUUUUGGUUCUGUCUCUAUCCACCAAUUUUUUGGGAUUGGAUGUUCUUUUGUUUUGUUUGUUGUGAUCUUGAUCAUCUCGUCUUUUGUUCGUCUUUGGGGCUGGGGCUUUGGAUUUGAUUUGAUUUAUUUUUGUGGGCGCUCAUACUUUUUCUGAGCUAUUGCUGAUGAAAAUGUGAACAAUUAUCAUGGAUAGAAAAAGUUGUUCCUAGCAAGCUCUUAUAUGAU